AUGACUUGGGGAAGAAUGUUGCAGAAACGAUGCCUGUUGGCCAUGGCUAUCAUUGCUGUGCCCAGCUGGGACUCUCACGCUGCGUUGGUUGCGUUGGUGCCUACAUUCCAUCGUGCCCGGUGGACAACCAAGCGACCAAGUUCCUGCCGUCGUCGCUUGGAUUCAUCUUGCUGGUCGGAUGACAUCAAUGACAAUACGUCCGGACCAUCGGCCAUCCGGUCCCAAUCACCCAGCCCCACCAACGCCACCGCACUGCAAAUGGUUUCCUUUUAUCGCUUUUUCGAUACAGCCACCUGCAAGGAAACUCUCCGAGACACCGUCUUUGACGCAUUCCGUGAAAUGGUGCCAGGAAUUCGGGGCACUCUCUACAUUGCCAAUGAAGGCAUCAAUGGACAAUUUGCAGUGCCCGUGAAUGUCGUCGAUGCCUUUGUGACAGUUUGUACGCAACAUCACCUGGUGGAACAGACAAUCGACGAUCUGAAUUGGGGAGGUGUCCUUCCGAUCGAGACGCCCACCUUUCAGAAACUCGUGGUGCGAACGAGAGAUGUGAUUCUGAGAGAUGGAUUAUCCAAUCAUGAUUCUUUGAAUUGGAACCACGCGGGAGAGGAACUCACACCCGCCGAAUGGGACCACCAAUUGCGACGACAAUCAUCACAAUCACUACGCCUAAUUGAUUGUCGCAAUGAGUACGAAACUCGACAGGGAACCUUUCAAGACGCCAUUCCCUUGAAUACCACCACCUUUUCCGAAUCCUGGCCGGUGCUGCAACAGCAAUUCGCCACGGGACAGCACAACAAAGAGGAACCCGUCUACAUUUAUUGCACGGGAGGUAUUCGAUGUGUCAAAGUGGGUGCCUACAUGACUCAAACACUCGGAUUUACCAAUGUCAAGCGAUUGAAACAUGGGAUUAUUGGCUAUCAAAAGUGGCAUCAUCAACAACAAGAAACAAAAGAACAACCAGAUGUUUCUUCGUUGUGGCAAGGCGACAACUUUUUGUUCGACAAACGACGGUUUGGUGGAAGAAUAAACUGA